AUGUCUUUAAAACCAUAUAGCAAACUACCCGAAUUAAAUACCGCCAACGUUCUGCUUGUGGAGAAUGAAGAAGAGUUUCACAAAAAGUUGUCAGAGGCCAUUGUCCGACAGGAAAACAACGUCAACGUCACCGUGCGUUUGGCCCGCUGUCUGCCGCUGCCGGUGGAGAAUGCGGAGAGUCGCCCACGAAUCGAUUUGGUGGUUUUCAUAGUGCAUCUCAGAUCUGAACAAAGUCUUCUGUCAGCAGAGGCUUCCCUUAAGCAUUUGGACUCUGGAUACUUUCUGGGAAAAGUUUGUUUCCUCGUUACUGGUGCACGGUCUGGAACGGUCUGCUAUGAACGUCUGGCCUCUAUCAGGAAGACUGCAGCGUCCCUAAACUGCCCUUUGUUGAUGACAGAAGAUAAGACUACAGAAGGUGUACAUACAGCAGCCCAGAGAGUGUUGAACAUACUGAAGGUGUCAGCAGGUCUGGUUCCCAUGGCCAGCGGGCUCUACCUCUCCACCCUGAUUCGAUGCACAAUGCCCACUGACUCAGAUUGGCAAAAUCAGGACUGA